GCGGUCCUUCCUUUUAUGGCGCCGGGAGGAGGGGGUCCGGGCCCAGCGCGGGGCGGCUGCUUUUGCCCUUUUUGGCGUCGCGGCUCUGGCGCUGCCCGCGGCCGCCGCUGGGCCGAGGCGAGCCGGCUUCUCCGGCCUCCGCCCUCCUCCCCGGGCCGGUGCCGCAGGCCCGCGGCGGACGCGGGAGGGGCGGGCGAGGGCGCGGGGUGUGGAUGGGCUUCCCGCCCGCGGGAGCGUGUGCGUCUUGGUGCUCCGGGACCCCACGUGCCUCGGAGGUGCGGGUCCGGCCUGGAACCGGGAGGCGGAGGGCGGGGCGGGGAGGGGCGCGGCGGCGGCGGCGGCGGCGGCGCUAUAACCCCCUCCCGCCGCCGGCCGGCCGCACACGCCGCCCCGCGGAGCCGCACCGCUCCGCCCGCGCCCGUCCCUCUGCCGGUGGCUGCCGCCCGCCCGGUCCCGCGCCCGCCCCCAGGCCCCGCGGCGAGGCCCGUGCGCCGGCGGCGGCUGCCCGGCUGGGCCGGCGGAGGGCGGAGCCGAGGGCGCGCCGCGGAGGGGCGCACGCAGGCCGCGGGCCGCGCUGCGCUGGGCUGGGCCGCGCUGUGCCCGGCCUGGCGGCGGCGGCGGCGGCGGCGGCGAGGAGAGGCCGGAGGAGCGCGGGGCCGGCGGUGGGCGCGGGGCCGCCGCAGCCCGCAGAGCGCGAGCCCGCGGCCGAGCCCGGCCGGGCGCCCGGACAGGUGGCGGGCGGCGCGGCGGCUCCUGCCCGGCGGCGGGCUCCCUCCCGGGCGGACGCCGCCGACGCGCAGGAUCCCCGGCCGGGUCGCUCCUAACGCGGCGCCGGGAGCGAGCGCGGCGGCGGCGGCACCGGGACGCACCAGGGAAGAAGCCCGGCCCCGCCCUCCGCCCCUUCCGUCCCCACCCCCUGCCGGCGGCCCGAGGACCCGGCGCCGGGCGCACUCCGCUCCUCCUCCCGCCGCUGCCUCCGCGCCGCCGCCGCCGGGCGCUCCGCCCGCAGCCCGCGCCGCCUCCCCGGCCGCUCCUGAGGGAUGGUCCCGGGUCUCGCCGCCACAGGAGCCCGGCUGCAGCGCCCGCCCCGCGGCCUCGCCUCCCCGCCGCGCCGCCUGCGCCUCGGGCCGCGAUGAGGACCUGGGCUUGCCUGCUGCUGCUCGGCUGCGGAUGCCUCGCCCAUGCCCUGGCCGAGGAGGCCGAGAUCCCCCGCGAGGUGAUCGAGCGGCUGGCGCACAGUCAGAUCCACAGCAUCCGGGACCUGCAGCGGCUCCUGGAGAUAGACUCCGGGUCGAGGAUGCUCUGGAGAGCAGCCUGAGGGCCCAUGGGGGCCGCACCGCCAAGCACGCCCCCGAGCAGUGGCCCGCGCCCCUCCGGCGGAGGAAGAGGAGCAUCGAGGAGGCUGUGCCCGCCGUCUGUAAGACCAGGACGGUCAUCUACGAGAUACCUCGGAGCCAGGUGGACCCCACAUCCGCCAACUUCCUGAUCUGGCCGCCGUGCGUGGAGGUGAAGCGCUGCACCGGCUGCUGCAACACCAGCAGCGUCAAGUGCCAGCCGUCCCGCGUGCACCACCGCAGCGUCAAGGUGGCCAAGGUGGAGUACAUCCGGAAGAAGCCAAAGUUAAAAGAAGUUCAGGUGCGGCUGGAGGAGCACCUGGAGUGCACGUGCACGCCCACCGGCCCAAGCCCGGACUUCCGCGAGGAGGAGACAGGAAGGCGUAGGGAGGCAGGUAAAAAGCGGAAAAGGAAAAGGUUAAAACCCACCUAAGCAGCCAACCAGAUGUGAGGUGAGGAUAAGCUAGCGGCCCUUUCCCGGGACACGGAUGUACAUGGCGUGUUACAUUCCUGAACCUACUAUGUACGGUGCUCACUGCCAGCGUGCGGUCUUUGUUCUCCUCCGUGAAAAACUGCCUCCACGCGCUGCACCCUGGAGAACAAAGAGACAGUAUACGUUUGUUUAAUGUGACAUCAAAGCAAGUAUUGUAGCACUGGGCGAGCCGGUCAGAGCGUCCUUGUCCGAAACAGCGAGCACACAGAACAGACCGGGAGCUCCCAACGCUCCGCCCUGGGCCGAGGGGCCUGCGGACGGCGGCGGCGCCGGCCGAGGGACGUCUGUCCGAGGACGCGGAGGACGGCGGCGCCGGGCGGCACGGGCGCGGGCCCCGGAGCCGCUGUGGCGGUCGGAGCGCGUCUCCUUGCUGUAGUGUUUAAGUCUAUACGAACUUCCUGAGAGCCUUAAGUGGGUUUCUUUUUUUUUUACACCAUAAAGUGAUUAUUAAGCUUUCUUUUUACUCUCUGCCUAGCUUUUUUUUUUUUUUUUUUUUUAAAUUAUCUCCUGGAUGGCAUUGACACCGGUCACACCAGGCUGCUGUAACCGGUCGGGACAGUGAGACAGUCUCCCUCCGGGCAGGAUGCGAACGAAUGAGAUGUAUUAAAAUAAACAUGGUAUACCCGCCUACGCAUCACUCCUCGCUGUUUCUGGCUGUCCGUGCAUCUGCUCUUUAAUUUAAGCCAUGCCGAGAGAACUGCGUGAACCAAUCAGACACUGCCCGCCUCCCGUCCCCGCACCCUGCCCUGGGUGUGGCCGGGGAGGCGGCCCCCCUCCCCCGCUGCCCGCGUCGACACAACCCAAAUCCUUUAUUUUUGGUAAGAUGUUACGCUUUCCAUGUACUCCAGAGAAACGUGUGUGUGUUGUUUUCCGUUUUUGUUUUGUAAAGGUGAUGUUUGUAUUUUUAUCUAAUAUUACCAGUUUUAUAUACCUGA